AUGGAGUUGCUGUAUGCGCAUGGGAUGCUCGAGAACGCGCAGGGCAGGGGCAUCCGUGGCCUCGCGCUCAAGGAGCUCCUGCACAAGUUGGAGCAGCUGGCAUACGGAGCAGAUGAUGUGCUGGAUGAGCCGGAGUACUUCCGCAUCCAGGACGUCCUUAAAGGAACCUACCGUGCCGCCAACGUGAAUGACGUGGGUUCCACCCAGGCCAUCCGCAUCAAUGUUGAACACACGGCAAGACACGUCACCAGCAAACUCGUGGGUGCUGCUAGCCAUGGCGAUGACCAAGAAAGUGACCCUAGUGAUCACCAAGAAAAUGAUGGCAAUCAAGGAUGCCUCUCUGGCGUACGCUUGUGUGGCAGGCGGGGCAUCAGCUCCUCUCCACCGACGCCUGCCAACAAGGGGGGUGUCAAGAAGGUUGAUAGCAGAUGCAUGCCCAAGGUCAUCUCAAGUGCUCGCAACGCUGCCUACACAUUCGGUAAACACUUUCCAUGCUACUCUCCCAUAUCUGUCCACGAUGAUAAUCCUCAAGCCCCUGUGAUUGUUGAAAGAAAAAAUGAUGAUCCUCAACCUAUCAUGUCCGAGCAUGCAAGCCAAAGAGACUGUGAUAUAGAAACAAUAGAAUUGCCGUUCAAUAGGGUGCAAAUGUCUAAAACAAUGGAGGAUAUGGUAAAGCAGCUGAAGGAAGUAUGUGCUAAGGUCUCCAUAAUUCUCAAUCUAGACUUUUUGGGCUACAUCCAUACCCGUACCAAAGAAAUUGAUAUAAAUAACAGAUCCAAAACCACAUCUGAGAUUAUAGAACCUCAGUUUUACGGGAGGGGUGACCAAAAGAGGAAAAUUGUAGAUGUCAUUAAUAGUCACGAGUAUUCUUCCUGUCAACUUAACAUGCUUCCAAUUUUUGGAACGGGGGGUAUUGGGAAAACAACUUUUACGCAACACAUAUGCCAAGAAGUGAAAAGCUCUUUCCAGGCUUCAAUUUGGAUAUGUGUCUCUCUCGAUUUCAGUGCAGAUAGGUUGGCACAAGAGAUAGUUCAGAAAAUCGAUAGAGUUGAUGGUGACAAGGAUAACGCAAGUGCCGAAGAACUUAUCCAACAAAGAUUAAAAGCUAAGAGGUUUUUACUCGUCUUGGAUGAUGUGUGGACAUAUCGAGAGGAUGAGUGGAAUAAACUAAUAGCACCUUUCAAAAAGGUUGAAUCCAAGGGUAAUUUCAUUAUAGUCACAACUCGAAUACCAAAGGUAGCAGAAAUGGUUAGGACAACCAAUCAUCAAAUAGAACUGGAAAGACUGGGUGAUACAGAUACCAUGCGUUUCUUCGAAGCAUGUGUAUUUGGUAACGAGCUAGAACCAUGGGGAGAACAUCCUGCAUUACUUAAAACUGGUCACGAAGUAGUGCACCGUUUGAAAGGUUCCCCUCUUGCAACCAAAACUGUAGGUAGAUUACUACGAAACCAACUUACUUUGGACCAUUGGAAAAGAGUUCUAGAAAGCAAAGAAUGGGAACUAGAAACCAGUGAGAGUGACAUCAUGCCAGCCCUCAAACUUAGCUAUGAUUUUCUCCCUUUCCAUUUAAAACAGUUGUUUGUAUAUUGUGCUUUGUUUCCGGAAGAUUACGAAUUUGAUAGCAAGGAGUUAGUUCAGCUGUGGAUAGGACUAGGUAUUUUGCAUCCAUGUGACCAGAAUAGAAGGACUGAAGAUGUUGGACUAAACCAUUUGCAUGAGUUGGUCAAUUACGGAUUUUUCAAAAAAGACAAAAAAGAAGAUGGUCGUUAUUGUUAUGUUAUUCAUGAUCUAUUGCAUGAAUUGGCCACCAAGGUAUCGUCAGAUGAAUGUGUUAGCAUAUGUAGUUCUAAUGUCAGGUCCAUACACAUCUCCCCAUCUGUACGUCACUUAUCCAUAAUUGUAGAUGAUAAAGAUGUUGAUGAUAGAAUCACUUUUGGCGACUAUAAAUAUGAUUUGAGUGCAUUAGGUAAAAGAUUAAAAGUUGAAAACCUACGUACCCUGAUGUUGUUUGGGCGAUACCAUGGUAGCUUUGCCAAGACCUUUGGUGAUCUGUUUAAAAAAGCUAAAGCCCUUCGUACUAUUUUUCUAUCUGGAGCAUCAUACUCUGUGGAGGACAUUUUGCACAAUUUUUCAGAAACCAUCCAUCUUCAUUACCUAAGGAUCGAGCCAUUAGGUAACGCAGGAAACAUCAACUUGCCUAAUAUGCUAUACCGAUUUUAUCAUCUAGAGAUAAUAAAUCUUGAAAAAUGGAAAGACCUUGUUUCAAUUCGACAUAUCACCAACCUUGUAAAGCUGCGUCAUUUUCUAGUGCCAAAAGGAGAUCCCGAUGGUCAUUCUUACAUAUCUGAGGUGGGAAAACUUAAAUUGCUUUCAGAAUUAAGAAGGUUUGAGGUUGGAAAAGAAAAUACUGGCUUCGAACUAAGUCAGCUAGAGCAAUUAACAGAGCUUGGAGGGUCACUUAGUAUUUAUAAUCUUGAAAAGGUGCAAGAAAGGGGGCACGGGGAAAGGAAAUAA